GACGCUGAUUGAUUCCCACUCAUACUCCACCCAUGGUUGAGAGUUUCUGGCUGAGCUCCGACUACUAAUCAUACUGCUCUGCUCAUCUUUAACCAGCUCUGACUCCCAUUCCUCAUUCAUCAACUUCCUUUACUCUGAUCUCCACUACCGUAUAUCCAUUUUUUCUUCACUAUUUUAAGGUGCUUCUUGUCGAACCACAAGCAUCCUAUUCAAGGUUCAGGCCCCUUUCUGUUUCAUCAGCCUCAUUUUCGCAUCUGGAAAGCCACAGGUUCAAGUCUUUUCUGUACCCUGUCUCUUCCAUACGUGGUUCGUGGCGCUUCGUCUUUCUGCGGAUAUCCUGGCCUCGGUCCCUUUGGCUCCUUGUCUGCCCAUCCCCAGUCUUUUAGGUUGCCUUCUUACUCUUGUUCUUUUGUGUGCGACAAAAGUUCGACUUGAUGAGUGCGCCGGCCUUUUCGGACGCCACUCUUACUCGUGAAUCCCAAAGCUCUGACUUUGAAUUGACCAUUCGCCAGCAGCCCGAACGGGCGCGCGUGGCUGGUGGGAAAGAGAAAGAGCGGAAGCCCGUCGAUCCUCCACCGAUUGUCCAACUUCGCGUGAGAGAGGAGGGCACUUACCUUGCACAGCACUACCUGCAAAGUCCCUAUUAUUUCAUGUGCUGCAGCUUGUGGGAUGCAACGGAAGAUCAAGCAGUCCCAGUUCCGCCGUCGACUGCAUUAGCAGGAACCUUGGUCUCCUCUCUUCAUCGCUUAAAGGACGUGGACAAUAAUGAUGGAGGAUUUUUCGUGUUUGGGGACUUGUCUGUCAAGCUCGAGGGAGAUUUCCGUCUCAAAUUCACUUUGUUCGAAAUGCGGAAGGAAAACGUGGCCUGCUUGAAGUACAUCGUUUCUGACCGUUUUACUGUAUCACCACCCAAGAGCUUCCCGGGUAUGGGAGAGUCGACAUUCUUGUCUAGGUCUUUCGCGGACCAGGGUGUGAAGUUAAGAAUACGCAAAGAACCCCGAGCGCUCAUGAAACGGCCAGUUCCACGACCUGAGGAGUAUCCCCAGCCUCUCCCUCCUCGCUCGCCUGAUCGCUCGUCGAUGUCGAUACCAGGGACUGCUUUUGCCGGUUAUCCAAGUCGAGAUUACUCGUACAUGCAGCCGGGACCGGCCAAGCGUCAGCGUACUUCGUCGAUUGACUACGGCACGUAUCCGCAGACUGCAACCAUGUACCCGAAUCAGCCGGGAGCAUAUCAAACGCCGAUUUUACAGGGCUACAACCCAGGGGUAACAGAUUUUCGUCAAGGGGGGCCUGCUGCUAUAACUCCGUCACCAUACGGCUCUCCAGAAGAAUCUAUGCUGGGAGUGAGACCGGGCUCCAGAUAUGUGCAACCUUCUUACCCUGCUUGUACCGACGCAUAUGGUCUCCCGUCUGCACAAGUUCCCACGUUGCCGGACCGGUCUAGCCAACAAGCUACUAUGCAAUCUUUGGGAAUGCAGCCAGGCACACCUACCGCAGAUCCCACAGCAGCAAUAAUGCCUCAGAGUUACGCUCGACCACAGUAUCAGCCAAACACCUUACCUCCAUUGAGCCGCCUUCCUCAAACCACGAACGGUGGGACCACACGAGGGUAUUUCGAGCAACCGUCCCAUGGAACCACCCCUAUUCUUCCCUCACAACAGCCUAUUGCUACAAAUGAAGAACGGUAUAGUGCUGCGCCGGGUGCGACAGGCUUUGAACCUCCUGGUUCAUCCAAUGGGACGCCCAGAUGAGAAUGCGGCCAGUGGCAUAGGGAUCGUUCUUUUUGCUAUGCUUCUUUUUUUUUUUUUUUUAAAAAAAAAAAAAAAAAAAAAAAAAAAAAACUUUUUCCGUUCUCUUCACUCGUUACAUCCCCUUUUUCUGAC